GUUGGCGGUCGGUCGGUCGGUCAGUCGGUCCGUCACACGGAGAGCGCUGGUACAAACGCCAGCAAUCGAUUCCGGCCGAAGUAACGUGGUUGGGUGGUUUAUGUGGGUCCUUCGACGGACUUCACUUGUGUUUGUAAAGCGCUCAAACGACACCCAACAGGUCUCGCCCAGGAUUGUUUGUGACGGUACGGCGUCACCGUUUGCGUGUCAUGUGGUUCCUGCCGUUUAUUUUAACAAUUGCAUCGCAACACUCCCGGCGCGUUUGGUGGUUGGCGCCUUGCUAGCAACGAAACGAAAAACAACGCGUUCAGUCGCUCGGACGGCCUUGAAGAGUGCAGUUGGCCUACUACUGGCAGAGGAGCCUAGGACCUGUGACUGUGGGAAUGGUGCACUGAACGGGAAGAGUAAUUAACACAGACGAGACAUGAAGCGGUCCUACGCAGCGUUAAUAGGACCGGUGCUAUGGUGGGUGGUUUGCUUGGCAUGGAUCGAACGAUCGUUAGCGCAGGAAAAACCAACGUUUCGCAUAAUAGCACCCGAGUUUAUCUGUAAUCCGGCCCAAGGUCAUGGCAGCACGACCGAUAGUAGCGGUGCAGCGGCCGGUGGUGUCACCGGUGGGAAUUUCACACAAUCCGCAUCCGCACGCCACCUAACGAUCGGCUUUCAAACGAAUGGCGGGCAGCAGCUGCACUACCGGGUGAAAACGUACUUUACGCUGCUGGGCGACACCGCAUUCAUCAGCCAGCGGCAUACGGUCGGGCUGUGGCGGGCCGUACGCCAGCUCGAGCAGCGUGUCCGGCGCGAACGGGACGUGAUCGCGCAGCGCGGACAGAUGACGAUCGGUACGGACGAGCUGGUACCGGGCGUAGUGUACACGUUCGGCGUGGUCGCGCUCGAUGCGGCCGGCGUGGAGAGCGAGGAGCAAAACUUUACUAUGACCUACCGGGACGCGGACCAGGGUGCCUCGUUCGAGCACGGUGGGUCCACGCGGGGCGGUAACGACGUGUCGCUGGUAAUGCUGGGCGCCGAGCGGACGUACGCGGACGUGGACUAUCUCGUGACGGCGCAGCUCAUAUUUUGUGUCCGGCGGGUGGAUUACUUCUAUCGCUGGACCAUCGCCGAGGACGGAGGGCGCAACGACAGCGAACCGCUGGCGGUUGCGAUGGAACGCUCCAAGACGCUUACCGUGCCGGCGGGUACGUUGCUUCCCGGCCAGGCGUACGACAUCGAGGUGCGGGUGUAUUCGACGUCCAGUGUGGAUGAAAUGAUUGCGAGGGCACGCAUGACGGUGCGCGUUUUGCGCCGUGUCCCAACAGCUGUUCUGUUUCCCGUCGAUGCCGUGGUCGGCAUUGAUCAAACCGUGCGGGUGCGAUCGUACGUGUCCGGUGGCGGGGAGGGGAUGGUGUGGUCCUGCCAGAGCUCGAAUGCGGACGGCAAUUGUGACGACACGUUCGAGGUGAGCGAUGGCGAGGCACUGGUAACCUUCUACAAGGAGGGUCAGUACGUUGUGCAGGCCUCCAUUGCCGCGGAGGAACGGGAAUCCGAACCACGGUGGACGUCGCUGUUGGUGGUUCAUCCGAAGGUUACACCCGCGGUUCGCGUGCUCCAGUGGUCUCAGUAUCCGGCCGUUGCCGGGGAACCGUUCGAGCUGCUCGUGAGCGUGGCCGGACUCGUGCCGAACUGUUACUCCAACUGGACCGUGCUGAAGGAGGAGGGCGGCUUUGCGUAUUUCGAUCCCGCGCAGCUGCCGAACGGCCGCACCUUGGGUGGUCUGUUCAUACGCGAUGUGGAGGAAAACUUUCUUGCCGAGCUGGUGGACUAUGGGAACGAUACGGUCGUGAAGGAUGUGCCAUUGUCCAUUCCGGGUCGAUCGCUUACCGGACCGUGGAAGGGGCUGGAACCGAACGCGCGCUAUAAAUUGCGCCUGGAAACGGUCUGCCCCGAACCGAUCGACGAUAGCAAACCGGGCGGACCACAAGCUUCACGCGAACCGAUCAAAAGCCACUGGACGUUCGUGCUGGAGACAAACGGAGCACCGGAAGCGGUGCUACCGAUGGUGUUGACCCCGGAAGCGAAUGGAACGGCCCUAGACACCGUGUACAAGCUGGCGACCGGGAUCGCGAAGGACACCGAACUGGACUACCCGUUGCGAUACAGCUUCUGGUACGUGGCCGACGGUGUGGACGUACACGUGGCCACCUACUGCGAGAUAACAUCGGCCGAAACGGUUCUUCCGUACAGUAAAACUGGUUGCGUCGGAACGUACGCGGUCGUGUGCGAUUCACGCGGCGCCUGUUCGAAGAUCAUCGGUCCGGACGCUUGCGUGCUUCCCGGGGCUGAACCAUCGGCGGAAGCUGUACUGUGGGCGCUGGAAUCGGUGGAGGCAUUUUUUGAUCGGCUCAACUAUCGCGAUGCGUUGAAUGCAUUCGAGCUGCUGAUAACGUUGCGCAACCGGCACUCGCCCCAGUACGACGGCGCGUACCGCCGGUUCGUCGAGCAGUUGCAGCAAUCCAUUGCGCACAUCCGCAAGGUGUACGCGGAAACGGCGUACCUGUCCGAGGCCGCAAUCCAGGAGUUCAUCGUGCAGGCAAAGCCCCUGCUCGAUCUGGAGGAGGCGAACAAUCACGCGCUGUUUGAGCAGUUGCUGGAGCUAAUGGACGCGUCACCAAGGCCGAAACGCUCCGCACCAGCGCCCUCAAUUGUCGGAGGUGCGAGCAAACUCAACACCAAGCUGCUACUGAUGGAGAGCUUAACUGUAUCGAAAAACGUGUCCGUUGCGCGGCAGGCACGUACGAGUUUGUUAAGCUUCGUGCAUCAGGCCGCCCGGAACUAUUGCGCGCUGGAGCCGCACUACGUUUUUGUGGGCCAGCUGCUUACGCUGGAGGUGAAUCGCUACCGUAGCGUUGCGGAAAUGAACGUUGGCCACGUGCCGAUUCCGAACCACGUGCUGCUCAGCACUCCCGCCGGCCGCGGCCGGCUUCUGGACGCCUUCCCCGAGACGGAGUAUUUCUGUCUGGGGCGCGUAUACUACGCCCGCGAUCUGUUUGUCGAGCGGGCCGAGCAAGCGCACGAGCUGGACCUGGGCUUCUACGAAGCGUUCGUGCUGUCGGUGGAGAAGGGCGGCAUGUGGACGCUGGUGGACUGGAGAAAUGACUACUUUCUGUGGUCGCUGGACGGACGCCGGCUGCCGAACGUGACGUGUCAAACGUGGGCAACGGUGUAUGGAGCGGCAGGGACUGCACUACCGUCGAAACGGCCACGGAUGAAGUGCGGUAAUCUCAAACGAACAGAACCAGCCCCAAUCGAGGAGUCCAGUGGAUACUCAUCAACGGAACCCUAUGCAAUGUUCUCGACAAGCGGUCUCCAGUCUACAGUCGCUCCCGAACCAGCAAACACUUCCAAUGUGGUGAGUUCGGAGCCCGAUCUCAUGUCUACGUCACCGGCAACAAGCGUGCGCCCGACCGUGAUUACGUCCGAUGUUGUAACUGCUACCGAAAGCGAUAUGGUGACUCUGCCAGACAACGCGACCGAACACCAACCGAUCGAUGGCGGUUCUUCGCUCGGAUAUACGGUCGUUGCAGCACUGGCUGUUGCUGCGCUAACGCUGGUCGUGUUAACUGUAGCGUACCGGAGGCGCAAAGCCGUUCUGCGUCUGGCCGAUGAGCUACAGACCGUACCGUCCAGAGCACGUACACAGCCAUCGCCACACGUGCGGUAUGCUCGGUUUCAAGAUGAACACAAUAUGACCGGCGACAACGUGUCCACCAUAUCGGACGUACUGGCAAUCUAAUGCGGACCAUUUGGGCUGUGGUUUUGAGUGUUAAUGAACCGACCUGCGUUUAAGCGUUCUCUCGCUUUCCCACCAGAAAUGAUCUCAAGAUAUCUUUACACCCCACCCUGCUUCUAUUAUCCUAUGACACAUUGCAUGUGUGUGUGUAGUUGCCACUUUUGUGAUUUUAGCGUAGUGUAUGCAUGUACAAUUUCACAACGAUAGAUGUGAGCAAAGGCAAUAAUCACGUUAUAUUUGUAGAAGCUGAUAUGUUUUAUGGAAAAGUAAAUUCUUCGUCGGUUUUGGAGGCAAUAAAAUACAAGAACAUAAAAAUAAGCAAAUAAAUACAGAGUUUGGCAAUAAUUUCUUAACCUCUUCUUAACCACUAUCGUUGAAUUGUUCGCUAACAUAUUCAGGCUUUUCACUCAAACGGACAUUUCGUUCAUUUUGGCAAUCGGCGUUCCCGUUCGAGUUACCGUCGGCAGAUGCGAGUUUUUUUUUCGGAAACAUGCAAAUUUAACUAUACCAAGAACAUAAAUCUAAGCAUUCUUUGUUUGUAGUUAAGGUAAACGUUAGUUUAGCCACACUCUCGUCACUCAUAUUUCCAGGUCAUUUUAUACAGUUCCGCAGACAACUUAUCAGAAAAUCUUUUUCACUCAUCGUUGAGGACACUCUUUAGCUAUGCUCCUGUGAAAAUUACGCUGAAUUAAAAUAUGGAGACAGGACAUUAGAGUGGAAGUGGUCUAGUAAGACGAGUUAAGAACCAUAGCGGUUACAGGAAAAAGGCCGAGUUGAAGCUUCGAGCAGGGUGAUGGACGUGAAUCUCGAUAGUAUGAAUGUAAAACUUCAACAAAUUACUCGCAGACAGAAGCUAAGCUACUGACCUCCGGGUCUCCUUCGGCCACGGGGCGUCAUGCGGUUUUUUAGUCCGCAUUAUGGUUGAUUUGUCACUGAAGGUGACAUGCCACUCAUUGCGCGACAUGGUAGCAACAUACUGUGCGUUAGGAAGAGCAAUCGACUGCAGAAAAACACAAUGGAAGUGUAGUGCGUCCAAGGGGAUAGGAAAGGAUGCCUACGGUAACCAUAUAGAGCUCAGAAUGUACCGUCCCCCCGUAGCAAGGAUUGACUAUCAGGCUACAUGGUAAUGAAUAAAGUCUCGAAAGCCUGUAUAGGCCUGCC